CCGCUCUGGAUCUGCAGUCAUUCGUGUCGCGGGCUUCCAACGGAGCAGAUCGAAAGUGACGGCUACGGAUUGCGGACUGUGGACUACGGGUGAAAGGAUUACGAGAAAAAGGAUUACGCGAAAAGGAUCCGCGAUGAGGCAGCUACUAGUUUACGUGUUGAUUUCGGGCUUGUUUUACUUUUCCGAAGGCAAACCGUGCCCUGAAAAGACACGCCCCCACAAAACCCGCUGCGACGCGUUCUACAAGUGCCGCGAACUGCCCUCCAGUUCGCAUGUGUGGAUUCCGGUGAGAUGCAACGAGGGACUGGUCUACGAAUCCACUUUGGGCAGCUGCGUCCUCCCUGGCGAGGAUUGGGAAUGCAUCACUCCUAGCGAGAUGAGCUCAACCCAAGCGCCGAGCAGAACGGACUCCGACAUAUUGUUGGUCAACGACAUGGAUGAGGCGAGUUUGCUGUUGAGUGAGAACAGCCACAAGGACGAUGGCACCGUGGAAAUUGUCCUGGACUCCGUCAUGAGUAGCGAGGAGGAUGAGGAGGCGGUGAAGAAUGGGCCACAUUCGGAGGAGGACAUCUCCUCCAGUCAUAAUUUCGAUUCCAGUGGCGAUGGCGAGCUGGUGGAACUGGAUUCUCCAGCACCAAAGCCCGAGAAUCGCGAGGAAAUGGCUGCCGUCAAUAGUAUGGAGCACAGGACCGAGGUUGAGAAACUAAAAACCGAACUCAAACAGGUGGCUGGCAUCAGUGAGAUAGCCAAGCCAGGAUCACCCAUCGAUCCCAAUUUGACAGCUCAUCUGCAGAGAUUAUCCCAGUUGAUUGAUGGAUUGCAACAGACUUAUCAGAAAACCGAUAAGCCCCAGGCGGAAAUGCGUCCAGAUCAGUUGAAUGCCUUCCUGGCACACUUUGACAUUAAAAAUAGGUACGAAAUGAUGAACCCCAUGGAGCAGACUACUCAAAUAACUACCAGUAGUACCACCACAGAAGAACCCAAAACUACGCCUAAGCUACCAGAACCCAAUUUGAACAAAAGUCGACUGCAGGAGCACUUAAGUCACCAUCGCCUGGAGCCGGAAACCAAACUAAUGCUCACCAAUAGUGUGCCAUAUUCCACACAUGGCAGUACUGGCCAGGGUUAUGCCAACUCACAGAUUGUGGUGAAUCGUCCCGAGGGUUCGGUGAUGUUUGCCCUGCCCUCCGGAUACGGAAUGAGUCAGGAACAGGCUGGUGGCAAUGGCUAUGCCAACCACCAUCCCGUUCAAAGUCACGAGUACAGCGAUCACGAGCCCAAGAUAUCAGAGGACACUUUAAAGACGGUUCUUGAGCUGUCCAAGCAGAUGAUAGCUGCCCAAAACCUGCCCAAAGUGCUGCCCAAUCCGGGAUUUAAUGGUGCCUAUUAUCAGCCCAUUUUGCAGCCUGUUUUUGUUUCGCCACAAGGCAAUCCCUUUCAGCAGUACUAUGGCAUGCCACCUCCCCUAAAUCCACACUAUAUGCAGAACAAAAAGCACUCUUCUGGAGGAAGUUCAUCGGGAUAUAAUAAACCCAGCACAACUAUCAUACACAACAAUGUGAUACCAGUGCAUUUAUCCAGCACGAAUUCGGGGGAAAAGGAGGUUCUGGACACAUAUGGCCACAGUUUGGGGGUAUAUCCGAGUAUGGAUAAGCAUGUGACCUCCAAUCAAGAGUAUAUGACCACGGGUAGGCCAAUUUCGGUCACUACAACGGCCAGUACUUAUGGAUCGCAGUCUCCAUUUGCCAGCGAUUAUACCUUAACCACUCCAAGACCCUUUGAACAGCAACCUUCAGCCGCCACUGUGGCCACCUAUUACACACCAAGUCCCCAUCUGGGUGAGCACAAUGCCAAUAGGGUGUAUCAGCCCACGGAAAGCUAUCCCACCAUGAAUAUUCCCAGACCAAUGGACAUGUUCCCGGGACAAAUCGAUGCGGACAGGGUGAGCAUACGACCCAAUUCGCAGAAAAUCGAAAGCAUGGAGAUGGAUGAAGAUAUGAUUAAGGCCAACUAUGGCAAUACGAAUGGGAACACUCUUCCUCACGUACUGACCUACAGCAGCGACAUGAGCCAGCAAUUAGCACCUGGCAGUGGAUAUCUGGAGCAGAGUUAUAACCAUCAGCAGCACCAGCAGCAGCAGCACCAUCAUCGUCAUCCAUAUAUGCCCAGGCCCACGAUGAGCAGUAGUAUCUAUAGUGAUACGGAUGGUAAUAUGGAGAUGAGCAUGUUUACCAGUAGUCCAAAUAUAAACCCUUUCAAAGGGGAGAACUUAAAGUACCCUGGGAGUAACUCCCCCAAUGGACAGCUAGUUAACUUCAAUGGCAACUUUAUCAGCCUGGAUGUGUUUCAGAAAUCCAUACUCCCUCUAAUGACCAAGUCCUCCUCUGCCUUGAAUGAGCUGGGAAAUGUGGAGGUGAUCACGUGUCAGGCGGGCGUAAGGCAGCCAAAUCAAACGGACUGCACUCGCUACUUCGUGUGCAGCAAAAAAGAUGGCAAGGUCCUGUCCUACUCAUGUCCACCCUAUACAGGCUUCAAUAAGCAGACCAGGAUUUGCGAUGCCCCCACUUAUGCCCAGUGUGGUAAUGCGAUGCCUGCCUUCAGUGGCUAUACCAUAGACAGUAAUAGAAGACUUCAGAUGGAGGCCAUCAAGAUGUUGAGUGAGGCCAAGAGAAGGCAAGAGGCGGCCCUGAAGGCCCAAAGUAUUGCCAAUCUGCUGCAGCAGUAUGGUAACAGUCAACAGCAGGUGGGAAAUGGCAUCUCCUCGAACAUAGAAAGUGAUCCUGUGGACUCGUAUGCAGUUAAUCUUCCUGAAGUUAAUUUGGCCACCACCACCAGUCGACCCACCAUUAUUCAGAGCAAUCAAAAUCUGAAUAGUGGCUCAUCAUCUUCCGCUAAAAAGAGGAAAUACUACUGCAAGGAGGGCGACAAAAUCCCCGAUCAAACCUCCAUUUCCAGCUACUUCGUGUGCUACAAGAAUGCCCAGGGCCAGAUGAAGGGCCACAAGAUGAGUUGCUCCAAGAGCCUGCUCUUCUGCCCCAAAACCCUCAUGUGCACCCUCGCCUCCAAGUGCACCGAUUAGAAUUUUUCCACAUUUGCCACCUAAUGUUACUUAUGUCUAGUUGCUAAGUUAUUUAUUCUAGUUUUAGUUGAGACCGAAACGAGAUCCAUUAAACCACUGAAAAACACAAAAA